CCUGCACUGGCAUCGGGGCCGCUGCCAGCGGCUCUACCUGGAGGGGCCCUUGUCCCGUUCACGGCCAGAGCCCUCAUCUGCAGGAGCACGUGGCGCCAGGUGCUGAUAAACACUCAUGGCUCGAAUUAGUGCAUGUGGCGGAGGCUUCGGGCUCGGCAGCUCCGGGGCAGAGCCCUCCGACCCCAGCCAGCAGAGCGGCCUGGCUUCAGCUCUGUGGGCACAGGCACGCAACAGUCACGGUCACGCCCUGCGGGUGCAAGGCCUGACCCAGCUGCCCUCCUCAGGAGCAUGGCAUCGGCCUUUGCAAGGGUGGUCAGGAGCGUGGUCCAGGAGCUGGACCACGGUGGGGAGCUCACCCCUGUGGACAGCCUGCAGAGCUCCACCAGCUUCCAGCUCUACUGCCUUUUGGGCAGGAAGUCCUCGAGUUCACGGUUCUGGAAACACCGCUACACACGUGUCAACCUGUCCAUCAGGGACAUCCUGGAGCCCGACGCCCCAGAGCCAGCUGUGGAGUGUGGCAACACCUUCCAUUUCCACGAUGCUAUGGAUGGGAAGAUGCAGGGCAGCGUGGAGCUGGCGGCCCCAGGACAGGGGAAGCUGUCAGGCGGGGCCGCGGUGUCCGGCAGCUCCAGCGCCUCGAUGAUCGUGUGCACGCUGCGAGUGGCGCCCAACACCUGGGAAGCCAUGCAUCGAGAGAGGCGCUUGCGGCGGCCUGAGCACAAAGUCCUGCAGCAGCUGCGGAAUCGUGGGGAUGACGUGUUCGUCGUGACCGAGGUGCUGCAGACACAGCAGGAGGUGGAAGUCACCCAGACCCAAAAGCAGGAGGGCUCCGGCCAGUUUGCACUUCCGGGAGCCAUGGGCUUGCAGGGCAGAGGCGAGGGCCACCUGAGCCAGAACAAGAUGGUCACCAUCCCCGCGGGCAGCAUCCUCGCAUUUCGGGUGGCCCAGCUGGUUAUUGGCUCUGACUGGGACAUCCUCUUCUUCCCGGACAAGAAGAAGACGACCUUCAGGCCACAGCAGAAAGACUACAGGCCCUCCUACAUUGCAAGUGGCCAGCCGCAGCGGUCCUCCCGCCUCGCCUCCACAGAAUUCCUCUCUCUCCGCUUCAAGUUCCUGUCGGAUGGGCCCGUGGAGGACCGGGUGGCGACCACCGAAGACUUCCAGGGCCUGCAGGCAGAAGUGGAGGCUUGGGCCAUGGGCCUGGAGGGCUUGUCCAGGGAGCCUUGUGGGCAGCUGCUGGGGGCCCUCGGGCAGGUGCUGCGGGACGAGGCCGCCCUGCAAGCCCUGGAUGAGUCGCUGGAGCACGGCCUGCGUGGCGGGUUUUUGGAGCCUCGGGAUGGUCCGGUGGGUGCUGUCCUCGAGUGCCUGGUGUUCUCCUCCAGAAGGCUGGAAAAGAGACUUGCCGGCCCCGUCUUCUACCUGCUGCAAGCUCUAGCUGUGCUGAGUGCAACCCAGCACGUGCUGCUGGCUGAGGUGCUGGAGAUGGGGGCCCUGUCGGGGGCGUUCAAACUGGUGGAGAGCCUUUUGGAGCAGAGCACCCCAUGGCAGGAGCACAGGGCCGUGUCCCUGCCGCACGAGCUCCUGGGGAGCAGCUGGGGCUCAGAGGCACCCACCUGGGUCCUGCUGGAGGAGUGUGGCCUUGAGCCACAGGUGGGCGCCCCCCAGGUGUGCUGGAAACCGGAGGCCCAGGGCUGUGCGAAUGCGCUUUACGCCUGCCUCGCACUGCUAUUCAGGCUGAGCCGGCUCUGCUAGCCUGCAGCCUGCCCGCAGGGCAGCUCUCUAGUCGGGGCAGAGCUCAUGCCCACCCAGCUGCCAGGAGCCACACCCAGCCAUGUGGGCAGCUCCCCACAAGGCCUGGGAGUUGAGGAAAGACAAUAAAUGUGAUGAA